AUGGAUCAUAAGAUUGUUGGACGAAGGCCCGUCUGGAGGGAGCGUGACUGCCCGCGGAACUACCCAAACGAGCCCAGCAUCCUCUCCGCCCGCAAUUUCGACUUGAUCGCGUCUUCUCCGACGCUCUUCUGCCUCCCCAGCAUUCUUCUUUCCCACCACCCAAUCACUCUGUUCUCUUCUCCAUACAUCCUCCCAGAUCCUCCAGCCCAGGCGACUCUCGUUCUCCAAUCAAUUCUUCCCCCAGCCCCAUCUGUACCUCCCAUCCGAGCAGCUGACAAAAGAACGUCGCCAACCAGCAUCCCCGAAUUGCCGCACCAAGCGCUUCUUCAACCGCCAUCGAAGACGCCAGUCAUCCACGGCCCCCCAGACUCAGGCGGACCAGGCCUCCUCGUUAUUCGACAGAGAAGUACCAUUGCGCUGCCCAACCCGUGA